UAUCCCCGUUUGCUCUAAAAAAACACGAUGCCUUUUGAUACGGCACAUCUACCCUCUGCCUUCUCUUAGCCUGGAGGCCUGAUCAGGGGAGUGAGGGAGGGGGGAGAGUAGACGAGUCGAGCUCUGCUUUUGGUAAAUCAAAAGCUCAAUUAAAUUCAAAAGAGGGGGAUGGAUUACAAGUGGGUUGCAGGACCCGCAGCCGCGCGUUGCAAUCUGUGGCGUCCUCGGCGCGGGAAAGCGAAGGCAGGCGUGAAAAUUCAGACUAGACAAACAAGAAGUCGAGAUUGUUGUUCCGAUAAAAUCCGACUCAACGUUGUUGACUCGUUGCCAGUCUUUCGGACUUACUGAGCACCGCUGCGAAGGGAGAGCAGUUAUCCGUUUCGAUCAUUCUAUGCCCGCUGCGUGCAGGUGCGAGCUACAGCUGGUCUGUAAAAUGGGGAGCAGGAGAAGCUCCGCCGCUGGACGGCGUGCCACUUCCUCGCUCGUGGGUUUCCUCAUCCUGCAGUGGUUGGGGCUCGCCUGCGCCCAGAAAUCCUCAGCCUGGCGAACCUUGAGCGGUAAUGCUCCUGCAAUAAUAGCCAAGGGAGGGUUUUCUGGAUUGUUUCCUGAUUCCAGCAUCAAUGCCUACAGUUUUGUGAAUGCUUCCAGUUCAAAGGAUACAAUUUUGUGGUGUGAUGUGCAAUUGACUAAAGAUGGUGUUGGAAUUUGUCUCCCAGAUAUAAAGUUAGAUAAUUGCACAGAUAUCACAUAUUACUACCCAAACGGGAGAAGAACUUAUUGGGUUAAUGGUGUUAAAACAGUAGGCUGGUUCUCUGUUGACUAUAAUUUCACUGAUUUAGCACCGGUUUCAUUGACCCAAGCGAUUUAUUCACGGACACCCAACUUUGACUCCCAAGGAUCCAUACUUACUGUCUUUGAUUUGAGAAGAAUAAGCCCCCUUGGAAUUUGGUUAAAUAUACAGCAUGAUAAUUUCUACAGGCAGCACAAAUUGAGCAUGAGAAGCUAUGUUCUUUCUGUGAUAAAGCAUGUUGUUGUGAACUACUUGUCUUCACCAGAGUUGCUUUUUCUUAGUGGCAUAGAACACAGAUUUAGGAACACCACAACAAAGCUCAUUUUCCGCUUUCUUGCUGAAGGCAUAGAACCAUCUACCAACCUGACAUAUGCCUCUCUCUUGAAAAAUCUCACAUAUAUUAAGACCUUUGCUUCUGGAAUACUUGUACCAAAGAAUUACAUUUGGCCAGUUUCGAAUGACAAUUAUCUGCUUCCUUUUAAAUCUAUUGUGGCUGAUGCUCACAGUGCUGGGUUGGAGAUUUAUGCAUCAGAUUUCGCAAAUGAUAAUCUGUUUAGCUACAACUAUAGCUAUGAUCCAUUGGUAGAGUACCACUAUUUUAUCGACAACGGUUUCUUCUCAGUUGAUGGUGUAGUGUCGGACUUCCCAAUCACUCCAUCUGAGGCAGUAGGAUGUUUUUCUCACUUAAACACAAAUAGCCAAGAUCACGGGAAACCAUUAAUCAUCUCACACAAUGGAGCCAGUGGAGAAUAUGCAGAUUGUACUGAUAUGGCUUAUCAGAAAGCUGUUGAUGAUGGUGCAGAUGUGAUUGACUGUUCUGUUCAAUUAACAAGAGAUGGAACUCUGGUAUGCAUGAGCAAUGUAGACCUUUUAACAAUAACCACAGUGACAAGAUCACCUUACUCUUCACGACUUUCUCUUAUCCCUGAAAUCAAGAGCAGUGCUGGUAUAUUUACCUUCAAUCUCACAUGGGAUGAAAUUAAAAACAACUUGAAGCCCUUAAUUUCACAGCCAGAGUCUGCGUAUGGAUUGAAGCGGAACCCUCGAUACCGCAAUAGUGGGGCAUUCAUGAGACUUUCAGAUUUUUUAAAAUUUGCAUUAGACAAACAUCUAUUAGGAGUCUUGAUCAGUAUUGAGCAUGCAAAAUUUAUGGCUGAGAGAUUAAGAUUUGACGUGGUAGAAUCUGUAAUAUCUGCCCUCAACCUUAGUGGCUACGACAAUACUUCUUUACAAGUUAUGAUUCAGUCACCCAACAGCUCUGUUUUGGAGAUGUUCAAGCAGCUAACACAAUACAAGCUGGUUUACAAAAUAGACUAUACCAUCCGCGAUGCAGAUCCUUCUUCAGUGUCAGAUAUUCAGACAUUCGCACAUGCUGUAGCCCUCAGUCAGGAUUCCAUUUAUCCUGAGUCAAAUCUGUUUAUCACAGGGGAAACUGGUCUGAUCCCAAAGUUGCAUGCUGCAGAUCUUGAUGUGUAUGUUUAUCUCUUUCAGAAUGAGUUUACAUCUCAACCAUGGGACUUCUUAUCAGAUGCAACUGUCAUGAUCAAUACAUAUUUUGUUGGAGCUGGAGUAGAUGGGAUCAUUACAGACUUCCCAGGGACCGGCAGACGAUACAAAAGACACACCUGCCGGAAACUGAGGGAACCACCAAACUAUAUGCUCCCCAUUCAUGAUCGUCUACUAUUGUCACAAAUGUCUCCAGGCGUGAUGCCACCAGCUAUGGCUCCUAUGCCAAUGUUGAGUACUUCCAAUGUGACAGAGCCUCCUUUGCCUACACCACCACCACCACCACCGCCACCACCAACUGCGGUACCUUCUCAACAUGGAGGUAUGGCACCGUCACUACAACCAACCAGUGGCUGCCAAUGCGUUGCCUCGGCUUAUAUUCAACUGGUAUUCAUCUGUGGAUUCUAUCUUCUCGUGUGAGUGGAUUACUAAGCAUUCGAAAUGGAGAUAUAUGGACAUUUGCCAUUAAUGAACAGCUACAAUCUCUUAGGAGCCAGAAGUGUGUACAUUCAUUCUAUCUAUCUAUCCAUCUAUCUAUUGAUACAAAUAUUUUUCUAAGCCCUACGGUAAAAGUCCGUCUGGUCUGUCAAAUAAUAUCUAAUUACUUGAUGUUUUAUGCUUGUAAAAGUAAGCUGUCUUUUGUACAAUGGUACUAAAGUGGUGCAUUGAGAAGCUGAUUAGCGUGAAGUUAUUUCUUCAA